GUAUAUUAUUAUUUGAACCCAACAUUAUUCAACCAUCCUUAUGUGAUUUCAUAAACCAUAUGUUUCCUAUGCAGGUCGUUGAGCGCAUUAAAAAGUAUUUUGAUCUUCUGGGAGGUCCACCCACUUUCAUCCAGGCAGCUGUACCUCAGAUAAUUGCAAAUACUGAAGAGACUUUCUUCAAUAAAACAAUUGACAAUUUGAGGCAUACUGCAGAUAUAUGUUGUACAGAGAUAAAGGAUAUUCCAUGCAUUGUUUGCCCUUACAGACCAGAAGGGUCCAUGGCUAUGAUGGUGAAACUAAAUCUUUCACUUCUAGAAGAUAUUAGUGAUGAUAUAGACUUCUGUUUCAAACUUGCAAAAGAGGAAUCUGUAAUCAUUCUUCCAGGAACUGCAGUUGGGCUAAAAGAUUGGCUUCGUAUUACCUUUGCUGCUGAUCCAUGUGCUCUUGGAGAGGGUAUGAAAAGGAUAAAGUCUUUCUGUCAAAGGCAUGCAAGAAAAUUGUAAAAGCAUUAGUGAAUCCACAAAUAAAUAAAAUUAUUAGACUAAUGCUGGCCUUUUACUGCAACACUACACACGAUUUGCAGAUUGUAUUUCAAUAUAGCAUUCAGUCUCAGGAGAUAUAUUGCAACAUUACUAAAA